AAAACGGGUGGGAAAUAAAAAAAUUACGCGUCCUGCGCACAGGAAAUCAACACGGAAGUGAGCCUCGUUACUAGCAAGCCACGCACAGAAGAAAAACUUGCUAACUGAACUUCUGUAUUCAGCCUGCUUUACAAAGAGAUCUAAAGAUGUCAUCAGGUGCUCUCUUUCCGAGUUUGGUGAGCGGAUCUAGGGGAAGCUCUAGCAAGUACCUGGUGGAGUUUCGUGCUGGUAAAAUGACCUUGAAGGGGAAUGUAGUGACACCAGACAAACGCAAGGGCACAGUGUACAUCCAGCAGUCGGACGACUCCCUGAUUCACUUCUGCUGGAAGGACAGGACGACUGGGAAUGUUGAUGAUGACCUGAUCAUUUUCCCUGAUGAUUGUGAAUUCAAGAGGGUGAGCCAGUGCACCACUGGACGUGUCUAUGUGCUGAAGUUCAAGGCUGGAUCCAAGAGACUGUUCUUCUGGAUGCAGGAGCCAAAGACUGACAUGGAUGAAGAGCACUGUCGUAAGGUGAAUGAGUACCUGAACAACCCUCCCAUUCCUGGAACGGCAGGCAGCGGAGGCGGCAGUGGCCACGAACUCUCCGCACUCGGAGGAGAGGGAGGCCUGCAAAACCUGCUGGGAAAUAUGAGCCACAACCAGCUGAUGCAGCUGAUUGGACCAACAGGACUGGGAGGAUUGGGAGGUCUGGGAGCCCUAGCAGGACCUGGACUUGCCAACUUGCUUGGCAGCGGAGGACCAGCUACCAGCAGCUCCUCAUCUAGCUCUCGUAGUCAAUCAGCAGCAGCCACUACUGCAUCAGGUGGAGCCCCCAGAUUGAGCUCCUCCCAGGCCCCCACCACCCCUGUGACUCCCGCUGCCUCAGCUGUCUCCCCUACUACUGUUGCUCCCUCCACACCAGCCGCUGCUCCGACCCCAGUGGUCCCAGCCUCUGUUGGAAGCCCUACCUCCCACCAGCCCAUCCAGCUCAGUGACCUUCAGAGCAUCCUCGCCACCAUGAACGUCCCAGCUUCAGAUGCUGCUCAGGGAUCAUCGAUGGAUCUAGCAAGUGUUUGCACCCCAGAGAUGAUGGCUCCCAUCCUGACUAACGCUGAGGUCCAGCAGAGGCUUCUGCCCUUCCUCCCCAGCGGAGAAAGUUUACUGCAGAGCGCCGACGAGAUCCAGAGUACAAUCAACUCACCUCAGUUCCAGCAGGCGAUGAGUAUGUUCAGCAGUGCCUUAGCCUCCGGGCAGCUCGGCCCUCUCCUGAGUCAGUUUGGUCUGCCGGCAGAAGCUGUGGACGCUGCCAACAGAGGAGAUGUGGAGGCGUUCGCCAGAGCCAUGCAGGGCAGCAAAGCAGACUCCAAAGAGAAGAAAGAGGACGACGAGGACAUGAGUCUGGAUUAGAGCUCACACUGCCAUGCCUCAACUGAGUGCCUAUAAAAAUCUGUUAUUCCUUCCCUUCUCUAUAUUUUAGUACAUUUUCUUCUCUUUAAUGUUGUCUUACUUUUUUCUAUACCAAAGGCAACACUCUGCUUCUACUCAGGAUGAACAGCACAGGGCUAUCAGAGCUGUUAACACCAACAGCUGUUUUAUUCUGUUGAUCAUCAGUUUUGUGAAUGAUUAAGCCUUAUGUUUGAUUUUGUUUUCUUUGUUGUUGCACCACAGUUGAGACAGUCAGAGCCUUAGUGAUUUACUCUUGAUAAAAAAAAAAAAAAAAAUCAUAUUGG